AUGGGCGCCAGUAGUUGCAAACCAUGUAGAAAAAAGAAAAAAGCAUUUUCAGGAGGAUCCAUAUUGGAUAGGGUUAUUAGUCAGUCUUCAAAUCAAGAUCAGUGUUUGUUGUAUAAGUUGGCGAAUUAUAAGAAAGGAGGUGAACUCAUAGAAGCUUAUAAUCAAGGAGGGCAAGCAGAGGUAGAAAAACUCAUACGAGAACAAUUUGGGCAGCUCAUGUACCAAGAUGGAAAAGGACAGAUAAUUAAUCGAUCUGAAUAUUUGAGAUGGAAAUUUAGAGAUUGUGAACAAGUUACACUCCCAAUAGAAGCUUCUCUCAGCAGGUAUGACCCUUUGGGAAAAUGGGAAGAUCACGAAGCCUGCUGGCAAAUGCAGUAUAGAGGAUCUUUAGGUGAAAGCCUACUUCACGUCCUUAUUAUAUGUGAUACAAAAAUACAUACAAGAUUAGCUAGGACUUUAAUUAAGUGCUUCCCUAAGUUAGCUUUAGAUGUAGUUGAAGGAGAAGAGUAUUUAGGAGCUGGAGCUCUACACUUAGCUAUAGCUUACAAUAAUAAUGAGUUGGUUCAAGACUUAGUAGAAGCUGGUGCAAACGUCAACCAAAGAGCAAUAGGAAGUUUCUUUCUUCCAAGGGACCAACAACGCCCUAAACCAGCAAAACACACCGAAUACGAAGGUUUGGCGUAUUUGGGGGAAUAUCCUUUGGCAUGGGCUGCGUGUUGCGCCAAUGAAAGCGUGUAUAACCUAUUAUUGGACAGUGGCGCGCAUCCAGAUUACCAAGAUAAUUUUGGAAAUAUGAUUUUACACAUGGUUGUUGUCUGUGAUAAACUGGAUAUGUUUGGGUAUGCUUUGAGGCAUCCAAAACUUCCAGCUAGCAAUGGUAUAGUAAAUAUAGCUGGAUUAACUCCUUUAACAUUGGCUUGUAAAUUAGGCCGAGCAGAAGUAUUUCGAGAAAUGUUAGAACUCUCAGCCAAAGAAUUUUGGCGCUAUAGUAACAUUACCUGUUCUGCAUAUUAUCUAAAUGCGCUAGAUACUCUGUUACCUGAUGGUAGUACAAAUUGGAAUUCCGCCUUAUUUAUAAUUUUAAAUGGAACUAAGGAGGAACAUUUAGAUAUGUUAGAUGGCGGCAUAAUUCAACGGUUGUUAGAAGAAAAAUGGAAAACUUUUGCAAGGAAACAAUUUUUAAAAAGGCUCCUUAUUUUAGUACUUCAUUUAGUCUUAAUGUCAUUGGCUGUGUAUCUGAGACCUGAUGAUCCCGACGUACCUCUUUUGGGUUGGAGAAAUGAUCCCACUACGAUAGCAAGGUAUUUUGCGGAAGUGGGUACUAUUUUAGGUGUUCUAAGUUAUGUUAUUUUUCAACAAGGAGAUGAAAUAAGAAAUCAAGGACUGUGGACUUUUUUAAAACAACAAUCAAAUUCUCCUCCAAAAAUGGCAUUUUUAAUUUCGAAUUUUCUUAUUCUGGCUUGCAUACCAUGUAGGCUUUCAGAAGAUAGGAGAACAGAGGAAGCCAUAUUGUUAUUUGCUGUACCUGGAUCGUGGUUUUUGUUAAUGUUUUUUGCUGGGGCUGUGAGAUUAACAGGACCUUUCGUAACAAUGAUAUAUAGUAUGAUCACUGGAGAUAUGCUCACAUUUGGAAUAAUCUAUACCAUAGUUCUAUUUGGUUUCUCUCAAUCAUUUUUCUUCUUAUAUAAGGGUUUUCCAGGAGUGAACUCUACCCUUUAUUACAGUUACCAUACUACUUGGAUGGCUUUGUUUCAGAUUACCCUAGGCAACUAUGACUAUCAAGAACUGGGUUCGUUGACUUACCCAUCUGUUGCCAAAACGGUUUUCGCCAUAUUUAUGGUUUUUGUACCAAUUUUGCUGUUGAACAUGUUAAUUGCUAUGAUGGGAAAUACUUAUGCCCAUGUUAUCGAACAAAGUGAAAAAGAAUGGAUGAAACAGUGGGCAAAGAUAGUGAUAGCUCUAGAACGUGCUAUACCUCAAUCGGAUGCUCAUCACUAUUUACAAGAGUAUAGUAUAUCUUUAGGUGGCGGAGAUAAUCCAGCUACUGAGCAGAGGGGUGUUAUGGUAAUAAAAUCGAAAAAUAAAACUAGAGCCAAACAAAGAAAGGGAGCGGUUGCUAACUGGAAGAGAGUUGGAAAGGUGACUAUAAAUGCUCUAAAGAAAAAAUGUAUGACAGGAGAAGAAAUGAGAUGCUUAAUGUGGGGAAGAGAAUCAAUAAACACUCCUAUAAAAACAAAAAGGAAAAAUAAAAGUCCGUAUGCGCUAGAACCUCAAGGUCCGAACUUGACAGGAGGUUUCGGCGAUGCUUUGACAGGUGCAUUGGACGUGAUAGCUUUUACCCACGACGUUGACAUUAAUGGUGCCGUCCAGGGAUUAAAUUUGGCCAGCGGUAAGCAACCACCUGGUUAUAAUGAGGCAACGAAAACUGUGGAUCCUGUUCAAGUUAACAAUCGAAUCAAUUUAAAUAUGAAUGAUAAGAAUGUGAUAUCAAACGGGGGUAACGCCAUGUUUGGUGCUCUAUCCCAACUAACAGAAUCCCAACCUUUACCUCCACCGCCUACUACAAAAAUAGCAGUACCAACUUCCGACACUAAAUUACCUCUUGAAUCGUUAUUAAAAGUCGAAGAUCCUUUAAGAGAACUAGUUAUUUGUGCAGAAAAAGACGAAGAUCCGGAAAAACUGAAAUUUUUGGCACUUUCGGCUGCAAAUUUGGCCAAAGAAGAAAGUGAAAUUCUAAGACAACAGCAGCAAAUUAAUCAAAAUUUAUGCCAAACACAAAGUCAGGAUAAAAACCCUUCAGGUCUGAAUGUUCUUGCAGGCAUUUUCGUAGGUACUGAGUCUUUGAUAAAGAAAGUUGAAGGUAAUUUGAGGAAAAAGUUUGCUGUUUUGGAUCCUAGCGAUAGUGAGGGAUUUGGAGAAGCACCAUUAUUGGGUAAGGUGUCGAGAACUCGAAGAUCAAAAUCUGCACAUCUCCGAAAUUCUUCAGCUAAAUCCAAAAAUUCGGAUAAAAGAAAAUUGCUUCUAAAUUCCGAUUCAAGUACCGACACCGUCGACAUUAAUUCGGCGACGAUAACCGAUGACAGAGGAUUCUUGAAUACUACGGGCGAAGCAGUUUUACAAUCUGGGCUCAAUUUUAUCGAUGUAACAAUGGGCGAACAAGAUAUAUCUCCUUCCGUUUCUGAAACUGUAACUAUACAAGGUGUUGGAAAUGGAGUAGAAACAGAAUCUAGUAAUCCAAAACCUAAAACGAAGAAGAAAAGAAGGGCUACCACCGGAAAAACAAAUAAGGUAACGCCAUCUGAUCAACGACAAUGUAAAUCAGCAAAAGAUAAACAGGAAUUGGAAUCCGAUGAACUUUCUUCUCCAGACCCUCUGGAGCCAUGGAGUACAAAGAAAAUUGCAAACAUGAAUAAGAUAUUGGCUUGGCAAAACGAACAAGAUAGUUUAUAAGAAAAAACUAGGCAUAAGAAAAAUUAUUAGUACAUUAUUUUAAUUGACAUAAAAAAAACUAUAUUUUUGUGAAAAAUAAUAUGUUUUCUUGGUUUUUUAGUUGUUAUAAUAUAUCGGAGACGUGUAUUUUUCUUAUAAAGGGGUGGCGCGAUAUACGAC